UGUCAGGUGAUGGACAGUCCCUUUAAAGGGAGUGUACUAGAGGGGAGUCUGCAGAUAUCUUCACACUUGCUCACCGAUUCCUCUGUUUGUCUGGUAAGGAAAAUUCACCUUUUAUUUACUAAUUCAUACAUUUCUUAAAAUGUUGAAGAUGCUUUCUCAGCUCAGCAGUUUUUUUGGAAUUAUACAAGACACUUGUGCUGUAUUUGAGUGAGCUGUUAAUGAUUUAAAUAUUGUUAUUUCAUGUAGUAUGACUUGCUUGCUAUGACAUGCAAAUUGACUUACAGUAUCAGUUUGCCAAUAUGAGUACAGUUGAGGGAAGAAAUGUCUGAAUAUUGCUAAAAUAAUGUUGGAUUUGGUCUGUUUAUCUAUAAUAUACACCAUCCAACAGUCGUCAUAUAUAAACAGGGAUAUGGGUAUGAUAGCGUUUAAUUGUUUAUCACUAAUUCACAUGACCACAUUACCAGUCUCCAGGCUGCACCCAUUAAAAGUAAUUGAGAGAGGUGAUAAGCAUUUCCUUAGGUGAUGCGUUGAGAUGGAAGUUCUGGCUCCUGGUCUUGGCUAAGUGUAUCCUGAGGGGAUCAUAAAGAUACCACGGUGUGUUCUACGAGUACUCCUGGACCCCAGGGUCAACACUAACUACAUGGAUUUAUAACGUGUUUAAAUUGAUGGAAUAUUACUCUCAUCAACAUAACAAUGCCCACGCCAUCUCAUGACUGAGAAUCUGAAACCUUCAUUAAUUAACGCACAUGUUUGUACGGGCUAUGUUUGUACUGGGACUCAGGCUACACUUUUGCAGGUUAAUUAUCCACACAUCUGCUGCUGGGGGAAGUAAGCUAAGGAUGUUUUUGAAACAGGACUGCAGAGGAGUCCUUGGUCUUUCCGGUCCUCAAAGGAGAUCUGUUGUAUUUGUUCUUGUGCUUUUGAAUCUAACCAUUAAGAAAACUGUGGGAGACCAACUCCUAACUUCCACAAAUGACCCCAAGAUGACUGAAGCUCAAACCACCCAACCCACCACAACCAUCAGCAAACUGUAUCCUAUAUGCACAACCAGGUCAAAGACUGAAAACAGCCAAACCAUUCACACCACCACUGUCCCUCCAGGAAGAGACUACUACAAUACAGACCGCAACAAAGAAGUCUUCCCUACAUCCCAGACUGGGGGAGAAUACACCAGAGCUCAAGAUUACAUCACAAACAUCUCUACACUCAAGACUGAGAGAAACGACACAGAAGAUGAUAUUAACGUCACCCAUUCUUUCAAGAAUGAGAUGGUGAAGUAUAGUGAUGUCAUACCAACAUCUCAGUCCAAUGGAAACCAUACUCAAGAUGGGGGCAAGGACUUUGAUGACCAAGGCUCCAUUGCCUCCGAUAUGACCCAAACUGAGAACUAUAAUAUCACCACAGAGCCUACCACUACAGCUACUGCAAGAUCCACAAUGGGAGGCAUGACUGUAAAUGCUGCUUUAACCAGAAAGAAGAUGAGGUCUUGUAAAAUAUUUAGCUGUAUCGGCAUAACAUGCUACAAACAUGUGAAGGUCAUGGAGGAGUUGUGUGAGGAGGGUAUGGACUUCUGUGAGCUCAAGAAAGCCUCAAGCCAGGUCACCUGGAAUACAUACGUGGCGGUGUGGAGUGCUGGAUGCGCCAGAGACUGCAGACAGAGCACUAAGUGUGGUCCCUUCAGCUCGUACCAAUGCCACAAUGAGUGUUGUGUGGCUGGGUCUGUCUCCUGUCUCAGACUGGAUGGUUCUCUCAACAUGCCUGUCAACUCUGCCUGCUGUGGCCUGGGGAGUCUCUCCCUCCUGGCUCUGAGUGUAACCUCUCUACUGGACAAUCUACUCAACACUUGCUAAUUUACUAACCUUCAUGUGACAUUAGACUCACUUUAGAAUGCAGAGAGUUUAGUAUGGAUCGACUAAAUGCAUAUUUCAGUUUUGUCAUAUCCACUGCUUGGGCGUCAUUAGUUCUUUCAUGUUUUCUUCAUCUGUGAAUGCAAGCUCUUGUGAAAAUAAAACUGUUUUCCAGCUU